AUGUGGGACUCCAUCCUGCCGUACCUUGUAUAAAGAGUGUAUGAAAACAGUACUGAAAUUUCAUAGCAAAGAAUAUUGACAGAAUUUAAAAUAUGUCAUUACUUUAUUUAUUGCAUGAAAGAAAUACACUAACAUUUUGUGUCUAUAGCUUCUCUAUUAAUCAAUUGCUUGUAAUUAGCUCAGCAUUAAUUCCACAUGUCUCCUUGUAAUAUCCGGAAAAAUAUUCAAUUCACUGUUUUAAUAAAUAUUUAACUCGUAAUUUCUAAUAAAUAUUCAUUGUUUUAUCAAAUAAUAUCGAUAGAUAUCCUUGAUCAUAUCCAUCAUCUUGUUCUUUCGUUGAUCAAAAGUUCUCAGAAUUCAAUUCAGUGUUAGGCACUUUCUUCUGAGAAGACAUUUUCCUUCAGAGCUAAAUGUAUUGACUCUGAUGAGAGAAUAAUAUCGUUUAUAAAUAAAAUAAAAAAUGCAUAUGUACUAAUGGUUCUUUCACUCACUAUAGCUUAAAGUAGUAAUUUUUAUAUUUAUUUCAGAUCAUUACUGUUAAUAUGUUGAUAAUUUAGUACCAUACAAUAAUACUAUUAUACACUAUAUCGUUAAUAUAAUAUAAAUAAUAAUUUUGUAAAAAAUAUCUAAGAAACAGUUGGCCAAACUCUGGUAUUUUAUAGUCACUAUCGAUAAGUAAGAAAGAUCGUAUUAAUAGAUAUCCGAAAAAUUUUCUCCGAGAAAUGAACAUUUUUUAUUUACAUAAAAAAUUGACUAUGACAGAAUAACCGUCAAAUUUUAAGCAAAUUUUUUAUUUAUGAAGAUAAUUUAAAAGUUUAGUUUACGACAAUAACGCUAUUGAUAACCAGAAAAUACUCGAAAAUGGAAUCAUUGCCUUAUAUAAAAAAAUUUGGAAUACACUAGUAGUUUUUGAACGUUGUUAUAUUGUAAGGAUAUCAUUAAAAAUUGUACUCAACACUUUUAUGGAACUUUAUUUUUGUUCGAAUAAGACAAGACUUUCACUCCGAAACUUGUUGAUGUUGAAAAAUGUUGCUGGCUGCAAUAUUGGUUAAAAACUGCCGCGCUUUUGUAUUCUUGCCGAUCUGUAACUGAUCCUUGAUCAAAAUAAUUUAGAACGACACAUACCUGAUUAAUUUCUAACGUCUUCGAUGAGAAGCAUUUAUUGUUACAGAAGAAAUGGAUUUUCAGCAAUUUCUUUUUGAAUAAAUUUUGAAUAUAUAUAUGCCUUAUUUUUGGGUCUUACAGUUUCUUUAUAUUCUACUUUUCUUCGUCGUGGCAGUAGAAUACCAAAGGCACCUAUUUCAUAUUAGAGAUUGAAGUAUGUAAAAAUGUAAAGUGUAUAAAAGUACAAUUGGAGUGCGAAUUAAAUCUUGUCUUUUCAGCAAAUAAACAAUAUAGCGCAUAUAGUUUCAUUUAAGAAAUCAAAUUGGAGAUACGUCCACCAGUGACAAUAUCCUGACCAGCAAUAGAGUACUUUCCUCGAAACUCAAUAAGUUUUAUCAGCAAAAUAUUUUUACAAUGAUGAAUUAUUUUGAAAGAUAUUUCAAGAUUUUCUCAAAUUUACACCAAGAAGUAAAUUUUUAAAUCAAGAAGUAUUAUUUAUAAAUAAAAUAUUUGGAAUAUGUAUGCUGUAGAAAUUAUAAUUAUAUAAAUUAUCACUUUUUAUUCCGUUUUUAUUUUGUCUUCUAAUCUCAAUACUCAGUUUUUCUCCGUUUUUUCAGAUAUGCUCUAGAAUGGUACAAUUUACCGUUAUCAAUACAGAAAGUGCUACUUUUUGUUAUGCAAGGAAAUCGUAAGCCAGUACUGACUUUCUAUGGUAUAUGGGAACUUACAUUCGAAACACUGAGUAAGGUGAGUAACUUUUUCGUGAAAUUUCAAACUAUAUAAAGUAAAAGAGAAAUAUAUUUCAGCAAACUAAAUUAUCAUGGUCUUAUUUUAUGCUACUGCAUUCUACGCAGAAAUAA